GCUCAUAUUAUUUAUUCUGGGCAUGUGAUAAAGUUGUGGUAUGGUAUAUUUGGCAGUAAUUGUAAGACUGGAAAUGGAAAACUGAUAGGUUAACGAUGUACUGGUCAGGAAACUGGAUGCCUUUAUUUAGACCACAAGGAAGAAAGAGGAAAGAGGUGUGGUUAAGCUGCACAAGUGUGUUGUUGCAGAACGGAAGAAUCAGUUUACACUUAUAUAAACAUAUCUGAAUGAAUGAGUAUCUACAAAUGUUAACCGGGGUGCUCGUCAUGGAGCCACAGACUGGUGACAGGAGCAAUCUGUCACAGCAGCUCCUUAGCACCAAAGUCCUACCCCCGCCGCUCAAGUUACGCGACACAAAUGGCCAGAUGGAGUCUGUGGCAACCACCCGGGAUCACCGGGAAUUCAGCUGUUCCGUUCCACCAGAGAAGUUUGCCUUGUUAUCUCCCAUCUCUUCUAUUUUAGAAGGGGAGUGCCGCACCCCACCAGCUGCAAGUUCUGCAUCUUCUGUGGCUCUACCCUGCGGUUUGCUAGCCAGGUCUCUGCUAGGGAUCCAGGCUUCCAAGAAAAACGAGCAGGAACUUGCAAGCCCAGGUUCGCUGAGAAGGAAAAGGGAAUUCACCCCGGAAAACCAAAAAGAUACCGGUUACUGGGCAAAAAGAAAAAGAAACAACGAGGCUGCACGGCGUUCUAGACAGAGGCGCAGGAUGGAAGAGAUGCUGCUCGAAUCCCGUGCAUUGGAACUGGUGAGGGAAAACGAACGCCUCCGGGCAGCAUUGCUAGCCAUCAGAUACCGCUUUGGGAUGAUAAGGGACCCAGAGGAGAUGACAACACAAAUCCCGUCUAGCCACCUAGGAAUGGCAACAACGGUCAGCUUGUUGAAUUUCUUAUCAGCAGAUUGCAGUAAAGUCUCCUCCCCAACCACCCCUGUGCCAUCAACCAACGCGCCCCCCACUACCUCGUAUCAGAACGGCAGCAACAACUUUGGCAAGCCCUUGGCAAUCCUUCCACGGUCAGCUGUUGAGCAGUAUUAUUCAACGUUGCAGCCAUCUCCAGCAACCGAUCCAAAAACAUCUGAUAAUCAGGAAGAAAAGAGUAAUAAGAAAAGAGUCUGGUGCUGCAGUUCCUCUUUGGGUGCGACUCAGGAAAGUAGCCCUGCCGUCCUUUCCUCAGUCUGCAAUGACUUUCUUUCUCUGCACAACAGCAAGGACAACACUUUGAGUUGUAGUAACUCUAUGCACCACAAAGAUACAGAUGCUUCUGAAUGGUCAGGAGAAACAAGCUGGUAUGGCACGCAGAAAAAUCUGAAGGAUGAUACCUUCAGGCUUUCCACCACCUGUGUCAACGAGACUGCUGAAAAUACUUCAUUGGUUGAAGAUUAUUCACUGAUAAAGAUGGCAAAUAGCCGCCCCAAAGAAUUAAUCAGAGUGUCCCACUUUGACAACCGAGAACCCGAAUGCAUUCCACAAGGUGGAGGCGAAGGCCUCAAAGUCCAGGAAACCCUGGCUGGAGCACUGGAUGAUGAAAGAACCCGCAGGACUAAAAACUUGUUACCGUUGCUUCCCCAUAAAUUGCGGUUGAAGGCAGCAGUCUCUGUUGCAAAUGAAAUUUCCUGUAGGACAGAGCCGCUCCCGUCUCAGGACUUUUUCAACAGUGGCCCAGAGAAACCUAUCCAACCUGUAAGAAAACAGAAUUAUACAAUGCCAGAAUGCACCAACGAACUUGGAAAAGCAAAAGUGAGCAGGAAAUGUGGUGCAACCAACUCAGCCCAGCGACAACAGCUAACAAAUGAAAUCUGUACUCAAGAGUUUGACUGCUGUAAAAAGGGGAGUUUUGCACCUAGUUUGAAUAGAUGCAACUGGAAUUUAAGUCGGAAGUGUACAGAUGCAACGCAUUUACAGCCUGAGGGACAUUUCUCCCACAGCGGUUCUGGUACUUUCCCAGGACCGAUCAGUUCCACGGCUCCCCUUACAAAGGGCCAUGCAUCAUUGUAUGUUCCCACCUCACCUGCCAGGCUCGGUGUACCCUUUACACCUACAGUAUCGUUCUCUUCCAUUUCAUCUUUCAUUCCCUCUGAACCUGUUUCAGCCCGUGCAACUAAAACAGUUUUUUCCACUGCACCAUUCUCUUCUUCAAGACCCCUUGUCCCUAAUCCUCACACCCCCUUUCCUUCACUCACUACAGAUGCAGCAGGCCAGGCCUCCACUGCACUUAUUAGCCAUUCUGCUUCUUUUACGCCUGUAACCCGGGUGGACCAUAACUACACAGAGAUCGCCCUUAAGGACCGGUCGACGGAAGUAGUUAAGGACCACCGUUUGAAAACCCAGCUUGAUAGUCUUACUGAUGAGGUUCAUUAUUUGAAGCGCCUACUGCUGACCCAGUCCACUGCCUGUCCAGAGUAACGUCUUUUUUUCCCUUUUCCCCUGACCUUCACCCUUUUUAGACCUAACUGGCCUGGAAUUGGAGUUUACACUUCUGGAGUGUAGAUAAUCUUAGUCCACCCUGGCGUUUACAUUAUUAGAUGUUAAUUAACACGAUUUGUUACACCCCAAUCACUUCCAGUUACUAGUGCGUUAAACAAAACUGUGAAGUACGAAAGACGAUUGUCCCUCUAUCCUGUGGAAUCAACCGCAGAACCCGUCGAAUUACUCAUCUUUCCCGGUUUGAAUACUUCCUGUUUAGAAAAUUAGGGAUGCUGCCUUUUUAAAUGUCCAAAGUUGGACAUUUUUAUGGAAAUGCGUGAUUUUGCAGGACAAAACAUACAUACAUCCAAUCCAGAGGCAUGCACGUCAACAUUUUGCCCAAGUAAAUUUUCUUUCUUGUAGAAUUUGGCUUGUUUCUAUUGUUUUGUAGAAUACUAAAGUGUUUUAGAUCCCAAACAACUAUUUUUAUUUAACAGAUGUAGGCAAACAUUUACUUUUUUUUCCCCGCAGGAAACAAUUGUUUAAACAAGGACUGUCCUGCACAAAGCGGACUCACGACAACCACUGUCCCUGUGCCUGUGCUCUUCAGCGUUUGAAGUUCCAGUAGUUACCAAGGUAGGGCACUGAGACCACGUGCAAUUUAGCUGUUGCCCGUGGUUACGGCGUAGACCUCCCAUUCAACGAGGUACUUGAUUAUUUAGUUUGUAUGUUCUCGGGGUAUUUAACGAGACUUUAAAAUGUUAAAAUGCACAAAAGCAUCUUUGCUGCCCCCAGUGCCCCCGUCCGGACGAUCCGGUUAACUGUUAAGAUGCCUUUUAGUUAUGUUGAUGGUAACUGUUCCGAUUCAUAACGUAUAGUUUUCGUUCUUUCUGCACCAACAUAACAUUUAACAUUUUCAGGGAUAAAUGAAAGGACCUAAAUUAGGGGCACUUUUUAAGCAGUAGUGCCGGGCUUUGUAUUAGAACACUACGCCACUAGCAUUCCGGCAAUGGGUGCCGCAACGACUUAAAAUAUGAUAACAUGAGUGCGUGAAUUAACAUGCAAUUUGUGAAGUAAAUGGAGCCUGCAAUUGCAAGAAUAUCGUUAUUUGUUGAUUACAAUCCACUAUCUUUUUGUCAAAAGUCUGAGGGUCUGAGUAAAAGUAUUAAUGAAUAUUAGGUCGUCCGUGAAAAUCAAGGACAGCUGUAAAAACAAACUAGCCUUUCUGUUGACGUCUCAACAUUAGUAUUUUGUCAGAAAAGCCACAAAUGCAGGUUAUUUGUGGUGAGCGAACUGUACUGCUUGAGACUGUUUUGCAGUGUCCUGUCACCUUUGUGAAUGAUUUAAAUUAUAGUGCAGAUUUAAUUAUUAAUAAAAGAAAGAGAGAGACUAUUGCAGAGCAUUCUGACAUUAAAUAAUACUUGAAUUUA